AUGAGGGACUACAAGUUGGUUGUUUUGGGUGCCGGUGGUGUUGGCAAGUCAUGUUUAACAGUGCAGUUUGUACAGGGAGAAUAUCUGGACACCUAUGAUCCAACUAUUGAAGAUUCAUACAGAAAAUCAAUGGAAAUUGAUGACAAGGCAUUCGAUUUGGAGAUUCUAGAUACGGCUGGGGUAGCGCAGUUUACUGCAAUGAGGGAACUAUACAUUAAGUCUGGCAUGGGAUUUCUAUUAGUGUAUUCGGUGACGGAUAGGCAGUCGCUAGGGGAACUCAUGGAACUAAGAGAGCAAAUCUUGAGGAUUAAGGAUUCUAAGCGAGUUCCGAUGGUCCUUGUCGGUAACAAAGCUGAUCUGCAACAAGAGCGUGUGAUUUCAGUGGAGGAAGGUAUCGAUGUUAGUAGCAGAUGGGGGAAGGUGCCGUUUUAUGAGACAAGCGCAUUGUUAAAAAGCAACGUGCAUGAAGUCUUCAUUGACUUGGUUAGGCAGAUAAUGCGUGUCGAGUUGGAGUCCUUGGAUGUUCAAGCCAGUACAGCACAACCUGUGACUGGUAGCUUACACAAUAGCCUCAGAAAAGCUGAUACUAGUGGCUCUUUGGGUCCCAAUGUCCCGGGGCGUGUCAUGUCUCCUGUCCAUAAUCGUUCUACAAACAGUUUUCAAAAUCCUGGCCCAAAGGCAAUCAUAAGUGGUCCAUCAUCAAAUAAACUACACAAGAAAAGAUCUAUCUUAAGGCCCUCUACUCAUCUAAGCUUGUCGUCAAAGCCUAAAGAAAAGAAAAAGAAGAAAAAAAUAUUGGCUGCGUAA